UUGGGAGGCACGCCUAUAGGCUUGCAUGACCAGUUGUGUACACGGCUGCAGGGAACAAACAUCACCAAAUCAAGCUUUCAAUAGCGCUGCGUAUGCAAGCCCAAUCGGCCAAGCGGAACGGGCCAACGCCACUAGUUGUGGUGUUAUCCCAGACACACGCGAGCCAUGCGACUUGCAUUUUUGGAUGCAAUAUGUAGAUAUUACUGGCUGAGUGGCUUCGGUGCAUGUUCAUGGCGUGAUGUGUGCUUAUAGCUCGGGCGUGUCGGCCCGUUACGACGUUUCAAAAGGCUAUAUGAGACGUUUAAGAGGGUAUUUGCGGUAUCUCUGCGGUUGCAAUCGCCUUGAAUUCUACAGUUGUAAUGGCAACAUCAUUUAUAGGUAUGCUAUUGACAGCCGUCUAGUGUUUAUCAGACUGUUACUCUGAAGAGAGCACCGUAUGACCCGGCAGUGUUAGAUGUCCGACGAUUGUUCCACCACACAAUGCUAUUCCUAUAAAUAAUUACUCAAGCCGCUAUAAAGACUAUUAUACGUAACCCAUGCACAAACUUUUUAUUUAUUUUCACUCUCCUUGCUUCCUCUAUACGUAUUUCACGGCCUCUCACUUACACAGGCAAACGAUCCAUGUCACGUGUCUUCAAGACAUUCCCCUCACGUGACUCGACAAAACCCGCCCAGCUGGCCCAGCAGCCAACCAGACCAACCAGAAGCCUGCUGACGGGGACCUUUUUCAUUUUCGCGCAAUCCUCUCCCCCAAAGGCAUCUCUCUCCCGCCCUACCACGCAUCAGCAACCACAACCACCCGCCGAGUCGCCCAUCAUGCCCGCCUCGCUUGCUCCUUUCGUCCUCCGCAGACCUUGGUUGACCAAGUUGCUCACUCCCGCCGCUUCCUGGUACGCCAAUGCCGCCGGCUACCGCAAGCUUGGCCUCAGAUACGACGAUCUCCUUGAGGAGGAAUCCGAGGCUGUCCAGAUUGCCAUCCGCCGUCUCUCCGACAAGGAGGCCUACGACCGUGUCUACCGUCUCCGCCGCUCCAUCCAGUGCAGCUACCAGCACAAGCUGCUCCCCAAGUCUGAGUGGACCAAGCCCGAGGAGGAUGUCCCCUACCUCCGCCCUCUGGUUGCCCAGGUUGAGGCUGAGCUUGCCGAGAAGGAUGCCCUCGACUCCAUGAACGUCAUCAAGAGCCACUAAGCGCUAGUGGAUCGAAAAUGUAAAGCAGGAGAGAUGGAUGGAAUAUUUUUUGUGUAUACCAAAGACGGAGGAGGGGAGAAUGCAGUGGUGGGAAGCGGCGACACCAGCCCCAGGACGACAGAUUUAAUUCCUGAGCCCUGCCAUACGGACAGACCGGGCAGACAAGACAGGGUACGACAGGGAGGAAAAGCAGGGAGAGGGCAUCUUGAUUGAGAAGACGAUUCAAGAGUGCACCUGAUCCCGUGUAUCCUAUGUAUAGACAACCUCUUUUUUAGUUCGUUCGAGCCGCAGAAGCGCGAAUGAAACAAAAAUCACUUUCAGUUUUU